GAUCUACCUGUUCCACCGUUGUAUACCUAUGUAGCAGACUGCUUCCUCCACAGUCUUGAACAAUCUUCCACCGUGAGACGAUCUCACCUUUGCCCGUGUUUUCGCUGCGAUAUCGAUUCGUUGCGCUCGUUUUGCUUUUCGUGACAGCUCGCUCGUUUCCUUAUCGUCGAUAUUUACCGCAACUCGUCAUUUAUAUUUCUUCGAUAAAAGCCAUCUCUAUAGAAAAUAUUAGGCACACUUUUGUUUUACGACCUACAAAAGGCGAUCGACCGUAAAUCCUUUUCGAUUAUGUCAAAUAUUUCAACGAUCUUUUCUUCUCUCGAAAGAAACGCACGCAGUGGUGUUGCACACGGUUCGUCGAACGUACGAUUAUCGUAUCUAGGAAAUAUUUUCUUAUCGUCGUCCUAAUUAAUUGAUUCCUCUUUGUUGUCGCGAUACGUCCUAUACGCCAUAUACGCGUAUCUCCGACGCGAUCCUAACGAUAAUCAUUAGACCGUACUAUUAUUAUCCCAUCGAUUACCAGCCGACGUUGAAAUUUCUUACGUUUCUUGGCAAACUUUAAACGAAGCGUUGCGUCACUCGAUUCUAUGCGCGUAAAAUGACUUUUCGAACUUACCCAUUUAUGGGAACUAUCUGCUUAAUAACGUUUGCUAAACAAUAACUGACGUUUCGAAGGAAUAAACCGAUACUGAAACUCGACGUUUCGCAACUGUAUUAUGCUCGAUGAGACCUGGCUUUGUCGGGCUAAAUAAAUAUGUUCUGUUGCAUGUAUGAUUCAAGGUAACAUACGUGGUGACCUGGAAAAAUAAAGUCUUCAUUUUUCAUGCCUCUAAUAUAUUUCCAAAGUACUAGUAAUCGCAAAUAAGUGCGGACUGUUACAGACGAAAAAAAAUCUUGUAAACUUCGUCUUUUUUUUAUCCGUCCCGAAAAAAAAAAUGGAGAUUAAAUCCGUUUCGUUCAUCGAUGCAGUUUGAUCAAUUUCGCGGAGGAAAAAGAUCGAAUGAUCCUGGAAUCAAUCGAUGUGAAACAGAAUGUCACAAUGCUACAGCGUCUCUUUAUUUUCCAACGUUGCGUCAUCCGAGAGUUUUGAAUUGCACAUUCAAGAUGGUAAUCCGAGAAAUAAGACAGCCCUAGCACCGGGUCACAGUGUUAUGGACUGGAUUCGAUUAGGUAAUUCUGGAGUCGACUUAACCGGAGUUGGUGGUAUUCCACGUACUGUCACGUUAACCGAAUUGGCUAAUCAUAAUAAGCAGAACGACGCUUGGAUCGCGAUAAGAGGCAUAGUUUUCAACGUGACCCGUUAUAUGGAUUUUCAUCCUGGCGGAAUCGACGAGCUGAUGAAAGGAGUUGGAAAAGAUGCCACGAAAUUGUUCGAUAACGUUCACGCAUGGGUAAAUUAUCAAAGUCUUCUACAGAAAUGCGUCGUAGGUAGACUGAGUCGUCCCACCGCUUCGAACCUGUCCAAGACGAUUGAAAAAUCUUCCAUUGCGAACGACCUCUUGAAAAGUUGUGCAACGCAAAGAAAAAGCGAAGAGGAAAUCGGUUCUGAUCUUUCGAAAAUCAAGAUGGAUUGGCGACAAACCUCGAACACGAUAACGCUCUUUUAUCAAACGAUAAACGACUAUCAAGGUAUCUACUAUCGUAUAUCAAGGAUAAACGAUACCAAGCUCGUUUUUAAUCUAUCCUUUGAAAAGGAUAUCGUUAUACACGAACUCGAGUUGGCCGGGGAAAUCGAAUGGCCACCUGCGUGGAAUAGAAACUACGAAAGCAUGGAAGUAGACUUUACUUUCAGGAAAAAGGAUAAGACCGUAUGGAAAACUCAAGGUAGUCAUACCUUGUCCAGAGAGCCGAUAACGAACAAGAGGGUUUACAAAGAGUACGAGGUACUAAGUAACACGCCCCUUUGCAAAUCAGUUAACCUGCUGGUCCUACGAGCUAAAGAUUCUUUAGAAUUAAUACCGAGUGGUAGACACCUGGAAGCAAAAAUGAAAAUCGCAGGCGUCGAGAUUUCUAGGUACUACACGCCUGUACCGGCCUGUCUUCAUCCGGAAGACACUGCACCGAAUUACACUUCGGAUUGUAUCUGUCUCAUGAUAAAGCAGUACGAGGACGGUGCUCUUAGUCCAUCCAUAACAGCUUUAAAGGUCAAAGAAAAGGUUACCUUGAGCAACGGACUUGGCGUCUUUGUCGUCGAAUCCUUUGAUCGUUAUUCCGUCGUUCAUAUGCUGGCUGCUGGCACAGGACUAACGGCAAUGUUGGGAAUAAUUCAACGAUCUCUUGCCAGGCGUAACGUGAAAAGUAUCAAUCUCGCCAACUUCAACAAAGACGAAGAUAACAUGUUCUACGUGGAGCAAUUGGAGAGAGCUUGCAAAACAAAUAAAUUGAAAGUCACGCAUAUACUGUCGCAACCGAGCGAUUCCUGGAAAGGUAGACGUGGGACGAUGUCCGACGAACUUUUGAAAGAAUUAAUAGGCGAUUGCUCACCGCACAGUUGCGUCUUCGUUUGCGGUCCUAAAGGAUUCCUAGUUUCUUCGAGAAACUUGAUCGACGAAGAAUGCCGAAGGUCUGCGUUUAAUUAUUUCUCGUACAAAUUCUCUCUGCGAAUAGUUCAACGUUGGGAAAGUUAUAUUAUCCAUCCCAUAUGAAACUAUUGCGCAACUAAUAGAGCUUAUUAACGUGAAUAAGGAAUUUGGUUGACACGCAAAAAGGGGAACGCUUCGUACUAAAGCUGGAAUUAUCGUACGUUUGACGUACUUGUUGAAAAAUUAAACAUAACUCAAUUAUACCGAAGUUUGUCUGCCUUGUUCGAGCUGGUUUAGUACAAAGAAAAAAAAAAAAAAAAGAAAGCAUUAAGCGUCUCUCAUUCGAUCAUUACACGCAUCAUUAAUAUUUGCCAAAAGAAUCGCGAAUGAGAUACGUCAUUCUGUAUGUCGGUACUUAGAUUCGAUAUAUGUAUACGUUUAGAAAAAUAUUCGAUUAUAUUUUCGAGAGAAGAUUAUGUAUAAUCUUCUAAUGAUCUUAUCUCUCGGAUGUCGGUGUUAAGCGAGUUUUAGAGUAAUUACUACUUAUCUUUUACAAAGUCUCUAAGUGCUCUACCAUCGUCGUUGUUAAUGAUACUUCCAUCCAUAUCUGUCCUGUCUUAAGCAUUUAUACUAAGUGGAUAAAAGCGUAGAAUAUUUUUUUCUAUAUCUUAACGAUAAUAUUAAGUUUAACGUAGACGAAUUCUUUGGCUACAUUCCUCUUAUCUAAAAUCUAUCGUAAGUUUUAUCAACGAUAUACCAUCCUUUUCGAAACACCGUUUUAUCAAGCAAUAUUUUUACACUAUGCAAAAAAAAAACCGACUAUGACUUAUAAUAACCUAUAGUUCAAUCUUAGCUGUGAUUAAGACGAAUUACACAAAUGUGAUCGAAAAAAAAGAAAGUCUUCAAUGCGAACAAAUCUGACGACGAAGAGUAUUAUACGGCAUUAACAACGUUAAACGCGAUAUUUUUGGAUAUGUCAAUUGCGAAGUAUGGCAGAAUUUUUAUGGCGGAAAUACUAUUACAUAGUUUUCUGCCAAUUACUUCGAUGGACGUUUCAAUGGACGAUAAUCAACUGUAAAUAACAAAGAAAGAACUAUUGUACGUUAUCGAGAAAAAGAGAACAACCAAAAAAGUUACAUCGCAUCCAACGUUUGACAUUUCUUGAAAAUAUUAACUCGUAAGAACUGUUUGUACUAUAAAUCCACAUAUCGUAUGGUCCAGUUUACGUAUUUUUAUGAGUUUGAUGAUAUUAUAUGUGUAUACGAUUCUUAUAGAAAAUAAAAAUGUACUCAAUGGCCUAAAA